GAGAGUUGUUUCCUAAGAGUUGCGACACCGAAAUCGUCAAACUUUUUUUUUAGGUCGUCGUCGAUUAGCAAGAACAAAACCAUGGUCGCGUCUAAGGAAAGUGCUGCUCCCAACAAUGUGGUGCGCAUCAGCAUGCAGCAAAAUGCGGCUUUCUACACACGUGCCGCAACCGACUUUCUUCAUGGUGUGAAGGGAAAAGAUGUAUGCAUGGUGGCAAUUCUGAGUCUCUAGUUUACUUUCUUGUUUCGAAUCUAGUAUUUAUUUUUUCAAGUGAGCUGGCACCCAUGAGUGGGGGCAAGUUGUUUAGGAAAACUACUGAGAGCACCGCUCUCCUUUGAGGAGAGUGGACCUCAUGGGCCGAAGUAGCCCUAAUACGCGUAUUAGACAUACUUUAACUUUAGAACUACUUUAAUUUAGAUUAUUUUAACACCUCCUCCUCAAUCAAAAAGAACUUGUAGGACAAUCAAUGCUUUUUAGGACAACAUGACUGGGUGUAGUUUAACAAAAUCGACCCGAUUCGUAUCUUCAACUAAUGCCAAACAUCAAAAAAUGAAGGCUUCUCUGUCAAUUCUGACUUUCCACUGCUGUGCAGCAGCUCUGAGUUCUAGGCUCCGUGUGUUUUCUAUCCGUUGUUAAAAGAAUUACAUUUCCUUUGGUCUUCCUCGGUCUAUCUCACUAUUUUUUCAAGUGGUAUUCAUGUCCAAAGAAAGAGUUUGAUUAGCAUUGACAAUCCUUUCAUCGAUUAAGUAGACAACACUGGUACUAACUUGUUGUACUACACUACUCUUGUUUGUAAUAUUUAUUACUUCGACUUUUCGUAAGAAGUGAUUGAUUUAUUGCUAUAUCAGUUGUAGUAGUGAUAUCCUAGUAAGCCUUCUUGUCUUCCUUUUUCAUAAGAAGACAGCGCGAAGCCGAUCUACGAUGAGGUUGUCCUGUGCGCUUUGGGGGCGGCGAUUCCAUCUUGCGCAACGGUGUUAGCGUUGUUGGAAAAAAGAGGGGUAAAAAGCGUGAAUAUGCUUUGCGCGAGUUGUACAACGUUCGAUGUCAUCGAAUCCUGCAACUUUCAUUUUCCGUUACUCUGUUAUUCUCUAUGAUAAUAAAUUGAUACCAGCUUUAUUGGUGUUGCUGACUAGGAUCAAUGUGUGCUCCUCCUUCAUCUGCGUCUCCUCGUCUGUCUCAGGUUGCAACGCUCACGAAGACACAAACGGGAUACGCGAAAAUCGACUACGGUUCUCGGCCGCAACUUCUCGUCACGGUGAAGCGAAGUCCCGACUAUGUUCGUCCUGAACCGAAAGGCAAAAAGGGGGCUCUUCAGACACCACCGUGUCCGGAGCGAUUGCAGACGGAAAAGCUCGAAAAAAAGAUGAAGAAAGUUUUGAAAGAAGGAGGCAAACGCGGUGUGGAAAUCGAAGGAGCCGCAGAUAUGGGAGGCCUCAAAUAUUUCUGCACUAAAGUGCUCGAGCCGGCAGGAGACCUGGAUAUGUUGGUAAACUACCUGCUGGAGUUUGAGUAUGGUUAGCGCCAUGGGGCGGCCUCCGUUGCACUGUGGAAGAUUUUCCUCAAACUUGACCAGGGAGGGUUUGGCCUGAAGUACAUGACCAUGACUACUUUGUUUAAUGUGUUACAACUGCAAGUGUAGAGAAAUAGGAACUAAUAAGUGAGAACUCCAUUGCCCCUCGAUUACAGGUGGAGUCCGUGAAAGCGAUGAAUGCGAAGUGCGAUCCCAGUGAGGAGGAGCGCAAGGGUGGCAGCGGGAACAUUGGCAAGACAGUGCUAUCGAUGGCCGACGACGACAAUUAUGGACCUCUAUAAGUAAACACUGCGCAAAAACGGCCAAUAUUGUCUUCUCCUAGUCGCGGAAGUGGUCCGCUUGGCGAUGCUUGUAGGUUGGUUUUUGUGUGUUUUGCCUUUCUUUCAUGUGUUUCCCCGCGCCCCUCCAGAGUCCAAGACAGUAGGCGGCAGAUGUUUGCCGUGGGAUUCUGGAGGGGCGCGGGGCUUUGCAGCGUGCCUGAGGUUCUUUGCUCACAAUAGUGGGAGGGUUUUCCUCGAAGGAGCUCAAUGGGCGGCGAGUGUUCUCCGGAUUCUUAUCGUGAUUGGAAAGAUUGAGCACCGUUCAAGUUUUUGCCGUCCUUUUCUGAAUUUUCUCCAGUCAAACGACCCCACUUGUCUGUGGUCAAGUUUUUCGCUGUAAUCGGAAAGGUUUGAGGCCCUUCGCCUCUGGUUCUCUGCUCUUGGGCUCUUUCGUCUUGUUCAGUGUGGGACUAGUGACCACCCGGCGACCCGAGGUUCUUGCGCCGGGUGGCCCCUUGGGUCGAAUGCGUCUCGUUAUUGUGUACAGGACUCCCCGCUGGAGUCGUGUUUUUGCUUUUUCAGCAAAGACAUGACUUCGACGGGGAGCCCUGUACACAAUAGCGGCGCUUAUUUCAUUCCCGUGCCCACUUCUGUUCUGAGAGGGUCAGGCGAAUGCCGGAGAGCACUGCCAAGGGAAGGAGCGCGCGAGAGAUAAGGAAAGGGGCCCGCGGCUCUGUUUUUUUUUUGCUAAGUUUCGAUGGUGUGCCGUGUCUCGCCUGCCCUCUGUGUCUCCGCUUGGGGGCGCUCGAUUGGAAUGGCGCUGAGUCGGCUAAACACUGCACAAGCACAAAAACGGCCAGUGUUGUCUCCUCUCUUAGUCGCUUAGCGAUGCUUUUAACUUGGUUUCUGUCGGUUUUUGUGUGUUUUGCUUUUCUUUCUUGCGUUUUCCUGCUUCAAGACAAUAAGUAGGCGGAAAAUGUUUGCUGUGGGAUUCUGGAGGGGCGCGGGGCUUUGCAGCGUGCCGGAGGUUCUCCGCUCACAAUUGUGCGAGGGUUUUCCUUGAGGGGUCUCAAUAGGCGACGAGUGUUCUCCGGAUCCUCAUCGUGCCUGGAAGGGUUGCGUACUGUUUUGCCCCUGUCCGGAUUUUUGCAGUCCUUUUUUGCAUUUUCUCCAGCGAAGGCCUCUACUUGUUUCAGUUUUUACAUUUUUUUUUGUAGUCGUUUUUUUCUGGGUCCUUCGCCGCAGGUACUAGUACUAGUAGGAGAUGUAGAAUUGUGCUUUCGAUUGCUCUCAGUCUCAACAGGGUCAUCAGAAAGAAACAAGUACAACUACAAUUAGCAUCUUCUAAGAGAGUCUUUGUAUCUGUUGCUACGUUCCUGAAAUGGAACAGAGCGACUGCAAUGCGAAAGAUUGGCUUUUUGCGAUCGUGGAGCGUUUGGGAGCCAAGAGCGCCAAUCUGCGUGAAGAUUCGUCUUCAUUUUACUUAUGAAUGGAUGAGUGAAGUCGAUUUUAGUAGACAUAGUUCAACAGAUUGCUUGUGAAGUUAAGCAUUGAAUUAGCUCUUCUGCUCGUCCUUCAGCAUCACAGCAAGUAAUAGAUUGUUUCUACAAGAAAUCAUGUCGUGGCGCCAUACCUCUAAUCCGUGCACAAAUCUGCAUUUCGAAUGACGGGGAGAAAGGAAUUUUCGCAAUCAAGAUGCGAGACUACGUUAUCCAGCACGCAAACGCGUGGUUACGCGAGAAAGGCCUCCUUCCGGAUGUAGAGGAUGAGUCAGACGAUGACAUGGUUUUCGGCGACGACGAUUUUCCAUGAUCAUGCCAAAUUACAACUAAUAAAUUGGUAAUGAUACCCAUACUACUUUUUAUGUUGAUCUUCUUUUUAUUCUUUCAAGGGGCAGCAGAAGUAGAAAGAACUUACUUGAUGUGUAGGAAUAAUACGCAUACGACACAACUAUCUUCAUCAAGCUCCUUAAAUAUGCAGGAAACGCUAAUACGCUGUCUACUUGCUAGGCCACCACGGAUUAGACCGUAAGUGCUACAAAUAUGCUAGCUUCAUGUAGUACCUGAAAAUAUCUUUCACAUCUAACAUCAGGUCAUAGCUAACAUAAGUAAAGCAACCGGCUAGCUUUCCCUCUACUCGUUGACUUAUCCCUUGUUCAAGCAAUAUAUUAUAAAUAUCUAACGAAAGCAUCGCAAUUGCGUCACUGCGUUGCGGUCACAAACACAGCAGUUCAUCAAUCAAUGGAUCUUCAAUCGUGAAAGGAGAUAGCAUACAAGAACCGCGCUAUAUUAAUGGUGUUGGUUUGAUACGGUUCGUAUUCUUCAUGGUCCGGCAACGAAAUAUCGAAAGAAAUAUAAUGAUUCUCACCACGGGGAGCCUCCUUGAGAUUGAUCAUAUGACGGCAAAUCUAUUUUUGGACUUGAUUCGACCCCUCUGAAGAUGUAAUGAAGAGCAAAACACUUGAGUAUAUUAAGAUCAACUCCACCCUAUUAUUUCCGAUUCCGAUCGGAUUAUUGCCACCGCAUCGUUGCUUCUCUCCAAUACCGAUUAUUUAUUUUAGUUUUACGACGAAGAUGAUGAUUUUUUCAAUUUUCUGUGACUCCUCUAAGUCACUGUCACAACAAUGAUUAUCCGAUGGGGAAACCUUUUUUGCGCGCAGCCGUCGUGCGACCAAGUUGUACUGAGAUCUACACUGUGAUGUUCCUUGCGGGUCCUCCUCAUACACAACAUAGAUCUUUAUUGCGAUGUUCAUUUCAUGGUGUAAAUUUCUGUACCAAAGUUGGUUCUGUUGUUGCUUGUACGGUGGACUAGUUCGCAUCCAGUAUAAUUGAGGCUUUCCUGGCCGCUGGGGUCUUCAUCUUCAAGGUCACUGAAGGUCUUCUCUUUAUGAUGAAGAAAACAGCACUGACCCGUCUCAAAGAAUCCUGAAAGUUAAAUUAGCCAUGAUGAUGAUUUCAGUGAUCACGUCGCUUGUAGAAGCAACUUGUUGAUUUCCGCUAAGUACUUUCAGAUGCGACUUGAACUUCAUGCGAACGUAGGAAACCAUCAAUGUUGGUUUUCAAAUCAUGCACAAAGCCUUUGCAAGGAUAUCACCUACAGAAAAGUCAUAGCAUCUGCAUGAACUACCUCUACUUUAUCAUUCAUGACUGCUCACAUCGAAAAUCAAAUACGCUUAGUAAGCGUGUUGUAUUUGUGUAGUAAAGGACAUUUCACAUUUGUUGAUUUUUACUCGGUCUGCGAGUCGGAUUCGGUUUUGACGCUGAAGAUCGUUAACUGAGUUACAUACUGAAUAAAAUCUCUCCUAUGAACGAAGACUCUACCAAAAGGAUCCCUCAGCGGUCUGCCUAACCUUCGGCAUCUCUCCUACUGGUUUCGCAUCUUGUUUCCGCAACUUUCUAUUUGUUUCUUUCUCGGCUGGUCUCUCUAGUUUCAACUGUUAUCUCAGUCUGCAGGCUAGCUGUGUCAGUCACUAGUUUUCUCGUUUAAGUGUUUAGCCUUCUGCUGAACAAUAGAGCCUUUUGCUCCCUUCACUACUCUUUUUUUCUUUUUCUGUGCGUCUGUGAAAUGCUUGCUCUCGCAUCUCUCUGCGCCCACCCCUGCUGGUGCGUCGAACAACUCGCCACGACUCAACAAACGCAUCCGGGAAGGCAAGCCGGAACAGGAUGAAAAAGACUAAUUAUUUAGUUGGGAUGAUUCGAAGAAGUCCUUCCUUGACACGUGAAGCAAGUGCGUAAAUUUAGGCUGAUGGUUAGGCGAUGGCGUAGACGAAUGAGAAUGAAAAUGCGAAGCAAUAGCACCAUGGAGAGUGAUCAGCUUUCUGCAGAGUCUACACUUUGGAGCCACGGCGGAUGAAAUAUGAUCCUCAACUCCUAUCUCGAUCCAAUCAAUCAGUAGGCUUACCAUGUGCUCUUAUACAUCUGACCUCCCUGAGUUGCC